AUGUCUUCGCAACCAAAAGUCAUCCAAUUCCAUCAUCAACCAAUUCAAUCCCAUUGUUUUAAUCAAGAUCGUACAAUUUUAGCAAUAACUAAUGAAACAAAUGUGGAAAUUUAUGAUUUAAAACAAUCACCACCAAAAUUGAUUACAAUUUUAAAAGAUCAUGAUAAAUUAGUCACUGCUGUGGAUAUUUCAAUCCAUGGUAGAAUCGUUACAUGUUCUCAAGAUCGUAAUGCUAUUGUUUGGGAACCUUUAUCUGAUGGUUCAUAUAAACCAACUUUAGUAUUAUUAAGAAUUAAUAGAGCUGCCACUACAGUUGCAUGGUCACCAAAUGGAUUUAAAUUCGCUGUCGGUUCAAGUGCUAGAAUCAUUAGUGUUUGUUAUUUCGAACAAGAAAAUGAUUGGUGGAUCUCAAAACAUAUUAAAAAACCUUUACGUUCUACAAUCUUGUCAGUUUCAUGGCAUCCAAAUAAUGUUUUAUUAGCUGCCGGUUCUACAGAUGGUCAUGCAAGAGUGUUUUCAGGGUAUAUUAAAGGGAUUGAUACAAAACCUGAACCUAGUUAUUGGGGUGAAAAAUUACCUUUCCAAACUUUAUGUGGUGAUUUCAUUAGUAGUAAUGGUGGUUGGAUCCAUGAUGUUAAAUUUAGUCCAAGUGGUGAUGUCUUGGGAUUUGUUGCUCAUGAUUCUUCAUUAACUAUUGUUUAUCCAGGUGGUGUUGAUAAUCCUCCAAAGAGUAUUUUAAGUGUAAGUACUUCAUUCUUACCUUUUAAAUCUCUUGUUUUCAAAAAUGAAAAUGAAAUCAUUGCAGCUGGUCAUAAUUGUCAUUUAGUUGUUUUCCAAGGUGAUGAAUCAAAUUGGGUCCAAUCAGGUGCCAUUGAUGAUCCAAAUAAAAAUGAUGAUAAAACUGUUGGUGAAACAAGUGCCUUGAAUAUGUUUAAACAAUUGGAUUUAAAAGGUACUCUAUCUGGUAAUGGUUCAGGUUUGAAAACUAUUCAUCAAAAUACAAUCACUGAAUUAAGACCUUAUCAAGGUUCUUCUAAUGAAUUAACUAAAGUUAGUUCUUCAGGUAUUGAUGGUAGAGUUGUUAUCUUUAAUGUUUAG